AACGCAAAAUAACCCUAAGAACGCCGUCAUCCAUUGUCACUAAUCCUCCAUAGGCAACGUCCUGCAGCCCACACCGUGCAAAUGUGUACAUAGUUUUGCAUAUCAUGCAGAUGUUGUAGCAGCAGAUCGAGUUGCGUCCUAUCGCUUGUACUUCUCAGCCCCCAUCCUUCUGCCCGCGUGUGACCGGUUAAAACUCCGUCUAGGUUUAUUCACUGAUUCACUGCAGUCCUGGUCAAAACUCCGUUUAGGGUUGUUCACUAAUUCACUGCAGUCCUGGCUAAAACUCCAUCUAGGGUUAUUCACUGAUUCACUGCAGUCCUGGUUGAAACUCCGUCUAGGGUUGUUGUUCACUGAUUCACUGCAGGCUUUCUCGCGCAGAGGUUUCGCGCCACCUGUCCAGCAUUUCCACGGGCACAAGGAAAACCUCUCCCCUCGAGAGAAUGUGAAUGCGUAGUAUUAGCACGUGCUAAUACUUCCGUGCGACGAAUCUUUUUUCAGGACGUCUUCGGACACCUGGAUGUAUGACUUGGGAACUGCGGAAAAAGAAGGAAUCCGCCACGAAGUCACCAAUACGCCAAGUAACAAGUAAAUGACCACUCGGCGAAGAAAGGAACACAAUCGCCAUGUAGGACUUCGACGAGCUUUGGAGUGCGUUUCGGAGUGCGUACGGAACUGUGGAAGCUGUAGUUGUCGUCGCGAGGACACUUCUUUGACGGGAAGUCGAAACAUGGACUAAAGCUUUCGUCGCCGUCGACGCAGGUUAGAAUUUAUCGAGGAGAGGGGGAAAUAAGCAAUGCGGCGACGUAGGUGUUGUGUUACUACUAUGUGUCUAUAAACUAUAUGGCUACUAGUUUGAUUUGGCGGUGGAACUAGUGCAUACCUCGCGAGGGAAGCGGGCGUAGCCCCGAACAAGCGAUGAGAACAAAGUGUGUUCGCCGCCCCAGAAUGGAGACCAUUCUUCAUAUCUGAAGGUGAAGGAGAGAGCGAAUGAGUUGGAGCACAUCUUCGUCGAUGCACAUACAGAAGGCCCCUUGCAGUGCAGACUCGUGGGAGGAAAAAUGUAUUAGGAUUACUAGUUGCCCGCAGGAAGAACACAAGGUCACCGAUUGUGCACACGCAACAAGGGGUGUAAAAUACUUGGAAGAUUAGAUUAGGGGGAUAUACUGACCAAUGGAUUUUAGAUAGUAUAGAGCAGCCAUCUCAUAUAAAAAGACAAUAAAAUAAGUACUUCCUGAAGUGAACUCCACGUGAACCUUGAAUCGAUUUACAUACCCCAUAACAAAGUAUCAACAAGCAACGAAAGACUCAAGAAAUCAUUGGGCAGACGUGAUUGGGUAACCCGAGGGAGACAGCAGUGACGGAUGUGAGGCUUAACCAAUAGGAGUGUGUCAUGGCAGCAUGUCAUACACUCACCUUUUGGACAUGAAACCCUGACCUGAACAAACGACGAUUGUCCCCUUCCAUAAGCGAACAUGGACAAAGUGGUUAUCAGUCUCCUGCUCCUGGGAACCUCAGUAAUGAUGGCCCAUGCAUGUCCCAAGUACUGCGUCUGCCAGAACCUCUCUGAGUCCCUGGGCACACUGUGUCCGUCCAAAGGCCUGCUCUUUGUGCCGCUGGACAUCGACCGGCACACCGUGGAGCUGCGGCUGGGCGGGAACUUCAUCCUCAAGGUCAGCGCGCAGGACUUUGCCAACAUGACCGGUCUGGUGGACCUGACGCUGUCCCGGAACACCAUCAGCUCCAUCCAGCCCUUCUCCUUCAUCGACCUGGAGACCCUGAGGUCGCUGCACCUGGACAGCAACAGGCUGACGGAGCUGGGGCCCGACGACCUCCGGGGCCUGGUCAACCUGCAGCACCUGAUCCUCAACAACAACCAGCUGAACCGCAUCUCCAACGUGGCCUUCGAGGACCUGAUGCUGACCCUGGAGGACCUGGACCUGUCCUACAACAACCUGCGCAGCGUGCCUUGGGAAACCAUCCGCAAGAUGGUCAACCUGCACCAGAUGAGUCUGGACCAUAACCUCAUUAACUACAUCUCCGAGGGGACCUUUACCGAUCUGGAUAAGUUAGCCCGCUUGGACCUCACCUCCAACCGUCUGCAGAAGCUCCCCCCGGACCCCAUAUUCGGCCGUUCCCAGAGUAGCGUGGUGCUGACCACCCCAUACGCCCCGCAGCUGUCCCUGAGCUUCGGGGGCAAUCCGCUGCACUGCAACUGUGAGGUGCUGUGGCUGCGCAGGCUGGACCGCGAGGACGACAUGGAGACGUGCGCUUCCCCCGCCGCCCUGAAGGGGCGCUACUUUUGGUCCGUUCGGGAAGAGGAGUUUGUCUGCGAGCCCCCGUUGAUCACACAGCACACGCACAAGCUACUGGUGCUGGAGGGCCAGACGGCGAGCCUGCGCUGCAAGGCCGUCGGCGAUCCGAUGCCAGCGGUGCACUGGGUGGCGCCCGACGACCGCCUGAUCAGCAACUCGUCCCGCGCCACCGUGUAUGAGAACGGCACCCUGGACAUCACCAUCACCACGGCCAAGGACUACGGCACGUUCACCUGCAUCGCCGCCAACGCCGCCGGCGAGUCCACGGCCUCCAUCGAGCUCGCCAUCAUACAACUGCCCCACCUGAACAACAGCUCGAACCGCACCGCGCAGCCUAAGUCCGGCCUCUCCGACAUCACCAGCUCCACCAAGAUCAGUAAGGGCGAGCCCAAGCCCCCCCCUGAGAAAACGGUGUCGGUAUCCGAGGUGACAUCGGUCUCUGCUCUGAUCAAAUGGAUCGUUAGCAAAUCAACACCGAAGGUCAAAAUGUUCCAGCUCCAGUACAACUGCUCUGAGGACGAAGUGCUCAUUUACAGGAUGAUCCCCAUGGCCAACAAGGCGUUCCUGGUGAGCAACCUGGUGUCGGGGAUGCAGUACGACCUGUGCGUGCUGGCCAUCUGGGAGGACGCGGCCACCACGCUCACUGCCACCAACAUCGUGGGCUGCGUGCAGUUCGCCACCACCGACGACUACCCCCAGUGCCAGUCCCUCCACAGCGGCUUCCUGGGCGGGACCAUGAUCCUGGUGAUUGGCGGCGUCAUCGUGGCCACCCUCCUGGUGUUCAUCGUCAUCCUCAUGGUGCGCUACAAAGCCACCGGCGGCGGCGGCGGCGGCGGCGUCCCGACCGGCAAGCUGCCCAGCGUCAGCAACACGUACUCGCAGACCAACGGCGGGCUGAGCCGGCCGAACGGCGCCCAGCCGCUGGCCAAGCCCACCGUGGUGGUGCUGCACGAGGAGAUGGUGGAGUUCAAGUGCGGCUCGCUCCAGAGCAGCCUGUCGUCCUCGUCCGACUCGUCCAACUCCCUGGACAGAGGGCCCGCCGACCAGUACAGCCUCCAGGCCAGCGAGUGCAGCACCCUGCCCGGCAGCAAGUUCAGGAGGCACGGCGCCGGCCCCAAAGGACGGCCCCACCUGGACCACCUCCUGGGGGCCUUCGCCUCGCUGGAGCUGCGGAGCGUCACGGUGAAGGAGCACCAGCAGGCGGCCGGCUGCUCCGUCACCACCACCGGCGUGAUGACGGUGGCGGUGGUGCCGCCCUCCGACAAAGAGCCCCUGCUGGGGAGGGCCGAGUCCACCACCAUGCUGGGCCGACUGCUGGGGCUGCCCCAGGAGAGCAGGCCCAAGAGGAGCCACUCGUUCGACCUGGGCCACCCGGGCGCCGCGCAGUGCGUCAGCAGCUACCCGCGCCGGAUCAGCAACAUCUGGACUAAGCGCAGCGUGUCCGUCAACGGCAUGCUGCUCCAGUACGACGACACUGAGGAGGAGAGGCCCUCUUUGGAGAGCUCCGAGUGGGUGAUGGAAAGUACAGUGUGAGGGCGUCGCUUCUGACGGGACCCCCAGCGGCGACGGGGGAGCUUGGGAGACAUGCGGUGGAGUGGCUAUCCAGGGACGUGCGCCUCCACCCUGUGCUGCAUGAAGUUUAUCCAUGUGAAUUAUUUUGUCCUUCUGUCCUCCCAAGACUUCAUGUGAGAAACGACACCUUUAAGGAGACGGUUUCUCGGUUCCUGGGCUCGGAUCUCUCAAGAUGUGUGAAAAUGUAUUUCAAACUUAUUUCCAAGGAGACACGAUUUUUAUGGACCCACUAUAGGCCUAAAUGGAUUUCCGACCAUUCAUGCACAGAAAUGUACGAGGUUUUUGGAGAAAAUGGAAGGAACGAGAGAGCUGAGGAAAUUGAAACUGGAUUCACCCUGAUUUCAUCAGUGGAGUCAAAGGGAAGUGGGCCCAAACUUUUGUGCAUUAAAUGUGCAUUACAGUACGCUGGACUCUCAAUGUGAUAUUGGACUACUAUCGCAGUAGAACAGAAGAAGAAACUAUAAAAUAUCGUUUUUUUUUAUUUUGUCUGGGUUUUUCAUCAUUUUUACUAUUUAUUAUUUAUGAAAUCAGUCAAGAGGUCAAAUUCAGAUUAUCACAAAGUUAUCAAGAUAUCAGAGUCCAGAUAAUCUGGUCACCUGAAAUAGAACCAUUUUCAAAACACAAACCUUGCUGUCUGUUACAUUUUCACAAAAUGCAAACCUUUGACUUUUGUUUUCCCAAGACAACUGCAGUAUGAACAGUGUGAUCCCCUGAAUAUCGGAACCAGUGUUAAACGUCUACCUCAGGUAAUGCAUUAUGCGUGGUGAUAUGCAUUUGAGGAAAUAUGUGAUUGGAGGAGCGAGAUGGUUUUACAAACGGCUCAGAGCAGCUGUUCAAAUGAAGAACCCUGUAGCCAACCUUUCUAUUGAAAAUAGGCAUAAUAAUAAGCAUAAAUAUAUAACUCAGGUCAGAAUCCUGCAAGGUCCGAUGGCUUUGAUAGUGCGUCUCCCUAUCGGUUGACAAGGUGUGUGUCGCUGGCGGCUUCAAAAGGUCACUGAUGUAAACAGAAUGUUCGCCUCAGGGCACGGUGCCAGUGGACUUGUCGCAUCAGACAGUAAAAAGUAUUUGAAAUUCAUCAAACCAAAUUAAUUAGGAUUUUGUUUUUUUAACCCAACACCUGGGAUCUUAAUUGGGAUCUUAAUUAUUUCUGGUUAAGAUGGGGUUAAAAGGGCAGGGAUUGCUAAUUGCUAAUGUAUGCUGGUCAAAGGCCACUUCAGCGAAAAUCAACAGCUCUCUAUUAACCUGUUACAAGUCAGUAUAAUGCCUAGGACCGUGAGAUAAGUAGGGAGGAGCGAAAAAAGACAGCUUAUCAAUUGGAAACCACUGAAACGUUAUUUAUACCGGCCUGCUGUCCCGUGUUUCCACCACACAGACUGCUCACUGUUGUGCAUUGUUUAAAUUGAAUUGCCAAGAACAUCCGUCAUCUGUCGAGUUUAGUCCCCUGCGACCCAUCGGUCUCUUUGUAACCAUUUGAACAUAGCAAGCAUUUGAGUGAGUGGCCUCUUCUCCCUGUCUUGACCCAUGAUGAACAGAGACACAACUCUACAAACUGUACACAAACAUUGUGAUGCCUUUUCUUUUCUCUGCUACAUUACAAAACAGGGGGGUUCGUUCCGUCUUUUUUAUGUUUUUCUUUUCUAGAUGUACUUCUGUAUAUUGGCAUUUUUGUAUAAAAACUCCGGUGAGAAUGUAAAAGGGGAAAACUGUGCCGUGGUACUUUUUAUUUUCUUGUUCGGCAAAUGGCGCAAAGGUGCUUUAGUGUGGUGUAACAACUCGGUGGCUCUUUGUCGGCUGAAUGGAAUGGGGUCCCAUGAUUCAUUGCGGGUAAGAAGAAAUCCUGCCUCAUGGCAGUUUGUCUGCUCUGAACACGAUGUUCCUCUUUCCUUUGGAGAAAUAAGGACGAAACAUAUUGUGAGUGUGUACUUGACAUAGUAAAUAUUCUCACGUAGGGUGAUAUGAUUAAAAACAAACAAAAAAAUAUGACCAAGAAAUGUUGUGUGUGUGUGUGUGUGUGUGUGUGUGUGUGUGUGUGUGUGUGUGUGUGUGUGUGUGUGUGUGUGUGUGUGUGGAAGCAUUUUGCUACAAGAAGAAUAUAAAGUAUUGGUAAUUCCUACGAAUCAAAUUGAGUCAUCCGUCUUUCACUUCUACCUGCAUGACACAACAGCACAUCUGCAAAGAUAAGCAUCCAAAUAGAAAAAUAACAAACUGACCUGACCUCAGUUUAUCGAAACGCAAGUUAAUUUAAGGAACAAGGUUUGAGGAACAAGCCAUCUCGCUUUUCAGCUGAUCGAUCUCACAGUAGACAUUCUGAGGGAUUUCUAAGACCUUUCUCCUUCGAGUUCGUGUGCUGGUGCUGUAAUCAGGCCAGGGCUCUACUUCAGACGCUGUCCAAUCCAUCUGCAGGGCGUGUCCACGGAGAAGUGGUCACAGCCAAUAACAGGGCCUUAAUUCAUAUAAUCUGCCGGUGAAGGUGCUUACGGCAGCAGCAGCACCGAGUCAAUAUAAUCUUUGAAGGGCGCACUGUGCCUGUGCCACCUCCGCAGGAAACCUCCUCCAGAAGGCACAAAGGCCCUCGCUCGUUGAACCGUUGUUAAAAGGUGAGAGUGGAUCUCACUCCGCGGUGUGAUAUAUACUCACUCUGUGCCCGAUUCCUCAAACUCAAGCACCACUCUAAUUACGUCUGCUAAAUUAAAAUCAAUACCCCCGAAGAGUGUCUUCAGCGCUAAUAGCGAAUAUAUGACGACGUGUCAGCGAGUGGCGAUGGGGAGAUUCAACAGGUGGCCGCACAAAAGCAGAGCCCUCUCUUUGUGAGCCGGGCAUCGGGGCGGUGAGCUGUAAGUGUGUUUGAGGAGGAUGAGGCGAGCAUUUCUUGUUCGGCUUGGUAUUGGAAUGC